UAACCCCCCAACUCAGAUCUCGCUCGCACUCGUCUCUCAUAAUUCUCUUCUCAUAAUGGCGGUCUCUUCUUUCUCUGCAGCAAUUGUGCCUUCUCUUUCCCUCUCCAAUUCUUCACCCAAGCCAAAGUUCCCAUCUCUAUCUUUUCUCUCUGGUAACACCUUGAGGCUCACAACCCUAAAACCUCUACACUCAUCAACUGUGCUAAAAGCUGCUCCAGAAGUGUUGGAUUCCACAGAAACCCUUGAAGAUGACUCUGAAUCAAGCACCUUUCAGGUUGGUGACUUGGGGACUCCUAGCACUUCGUCUAUUAGCAUUGGGGGUGAUGCAGAUGCGAUGGCACCGAAGCAGAAAAUCAGAAUCAAGCUUAGAUCUUACUGGGUGCCUUUGAUAGAGGAUUCCUGCAAACAGAUAUUGGAAGCAGCAAGGAAUACCAAUGCAAAAACAAUGGGUCCUGUGCCAUUACCAACAAAGAAACGGAUUUACUGUGUUCUGAAAUCCCCUCACGUUCACAAGGAUGCUCGGUUCCAUUUCGAGAUCAGAACUCAUCAGCGCCUCAUUGAUAUUCUAUAUCCUACAGCUCAAACUAUAGAUUCCUUGAUGCAACUUGAUCUUCCUGCUGGUGUUGAUGUGGAGGUCAAGCUCUAGAGAUACUGCUUUUCAGGUUGCUAAAAAACCAUCUUGAAUCUGAGUGAUAGAUAUCCUGUUAGUGCAUAGAUAUUUGUAUAACAUUUACAAUGUGUUGUAAUUCUGAGACGACAGAUCACCAUUUUGUUUUCUGGUUAAUUAUGCAUAUGUAUGAAUUAUUUUGAUUGAUAUGCAAAGCUGUGUAGGGUGUUAUUCUGUUGAGCUUUUACUUAAUAGAGGGACUGAAUGGUUUAUUUGUCA